CGCAGCUGUGUCCAGUUAAUUAAUAAAGAAACCUUCUAAAACCAGCUUCCAAACUGCUCUCCUGUUCACUUUGCUCUUCACUAUGGCUAAGGCCAUUGGGGGUUUCUUAAGGUUGUUGCUGCUGCUGUUUUUAGCUGCUAAAGGUGGUCAAACAGAAGAUGCCCAUGUUGGAUCUGCUGAGAACUAUAGGGAUGGAGAGGACAUGGUUUCCAGAGAUGAGCUGGAAUCAGACCCUUACACACCGGAUGACCAACCUUUAUGGAGCCCUGAGCUGUUUGAUUGGGAAGAUUCAGAUCUGAAAGCAAAUGAUUCCUUGAGCUCCAACUCAACUGUUGACGAGCACGAAGAAGAAACAUCUGAAAACGACUCGUCUGCACAGGAUGAUUCAAACACAAUCAACUAUUCUGAAGACCCUCCAGUAGAAGAUUCUGGGUGUCCAUUUGAGCAGCAGCCCCGGUCAUGGCAGCCCCAUAAGGAACCCCAACAGUCAACUUGCCAGCCCCAGGUGCCCCAGCAAUCAAAGUGCCCUCACCAUGUGCCACACAAGCACAACUGUCUAUCGAAAGCUUCAAUGAAGCCUGACAAACUUGAUCCCAUUUCUAUGCAGGAAUCUAAAAAACUUGGCAUGCCAGGGCAAAAUGACCACCAACCUCCAGAGAGGUAUCAUCAAGAGCGCAGUUACCCACCCUGGUGGCUCCAAGAGCCCCAUCUUGAGUAUUUGUCCAAAUGGACCCAUCCUCUAGCGUGGCUGUACAACUGGGCACAAGAACUAAACCAGCAGGGCCACCCCCCAGUGUGGUCCCAAGAGACUCAUCGUGGCUGUAAAACCAAAGUUGCCCCUCAUCAAGGUUGUCGGUCCCAAACAUUGCCUUACCAACAUUUUCAGAACCCUGUAAUCCCACACCAGAAUUUCCAGAAUCCCCGAGCACCCCCACAAGGUUUCUUUUCCCCGGAAUCCCCACACCCGAGUGUCCACCCCCGCACACCCCCACAUCUUGGUCACUGGCUCAACCAGCACCAAGGAGAACAGCAUCAUAGUCAACCACAUCACCGCCAACCCAAAGCAGAGAAAUGGCAAGGCCCCCCGCAUCACCACCGCCAGCCUCAAGUGGGGAUCCGGCAAGGCCCCCCACAUCACCACCGCCAGCCCCAAGCGGAGCCCCGGCAAGGCCCUCCACAACACCACCAACCCCAACCGGAGCUCAGACAAGGCCCCCCACAUCACCACCGCCAGCCCAUAGCGGAGCCCCGGCAAGGCCCUCUACAUCACCAUCAACCCCAAGUGGAGCCUUGGCAGAGCUUCAGGCCUCAACCUUCUCAAGGAAAUCAACACUUGCCACAGCCCCUUCAGCAAUGGGCAGAGCCUCAUUUUGGCCAACCACCCCACCAGUCAGACCUGAAACCACAUGGCAUCCACCCAGGUUACCACCACUGGCCUCGUGCAGAAAUGCAUCCUCUUUACCAACACAACCAGGCACAAGAGAACCUACAAACCCAUUUUCAGCCUGACCAGUCUCCACCCGACCAGAGUUACAGUCCCCAGCCACAACCGGAAUACUAUGGCCAUGCACUUCCAUAUCAUCAGCCAGAAACUGAAUUUGAUCUCAGCCUGGUGCCCCACCAGCUGCCUCAACAUGGCCAUCCACCGCACCAGCCAGUAGAGCCACAUCAGUUCAAGCCCCAAGAAGAACAGCAGUAUGGCCACCAGGCUGAACUACCAGUGCCUCAAAGUCAUGGCAACUUGCCAGAGGGCCAAGAAGCGGCUGCUUUCACGAAGAAGCCACGGUACUUGCCCAAAAGGCCCCCUUUAAAAGCCAGAUGGCCAGUGUACAAGCCUUCAGCACAACACCACUAAGAUCUCAGUAAAAAAGCUGCUCUGUAGCCUUUUGUUUUUGUUUGACGAUGUUCUGACCUGUUCAAUAAAGAACUUGUAGAGUUUCAACAAGUUUUGGCAU